GAGACUUAUCUUUGGUCUGUUCUAAUGUUCUAUUCUUCAACCUUCAACCCACAUUAACACACCACAUAUUCUUCCCUGCAACCCAAAACUUUUUUUUUCUUAUUAACCUCCAUUCAUAUAAUAUACAUAACUAUAAGAUAGACUCAAUUCAUUUCAAAGAAUAAUUUUCCAUAAAAAUCACUCAACAACAAUAAUUAAGUUUCAUAUAAAUCGCAUCUCACUCACUAUGUUGGACUAAAUAGCUGCAAUAAACUCAAACAGAACAGAACAGAGGCAGCUAGCAUGAAUCACUGCGUUCCAGAUUUCGAAAUCCAAAUGGAAAACGACGAAGAAUACCAAAUACACUUCUCAAAGAAACCUUCCAUGCAAAACGACGAGAUCAUGGAACUAUUAUGGCAAAACGGUCAGGUCGUGAUGCAUAGCCAAAACCAACGACCAUUCAGAAAACCGCCAUCGCCGAGGAACAAUAACUACCGCGACGGCGUGUUUCCGGCGAGGGAGAUUCCAUCCUCCGAAGCAGAAAACUACAGCAACCAACACCUGUUCAUGCAAGAAGACGAAAUGGCUUCGUGGCUUCACUAUUCAAUCAACGAAGAUCCUCCCUUCGAUCACCAUGAUUUCUGCGCCGACAUCUUCCGUCCGCCGCCCGCCGUUAACGGCAGCCAGAAUCACAACAGUGCCAUGCAAAACCCCCUCCGUACGGCGACUCCUCGGCCUCCGAUUCCGCCGUCGAGGAUGCCGGAGCAGGCGGCGAGCAGGAUACAGAAUUUCGCGCACUUCUCGAAGCAAAACAACGUUAGGACUGAGCCGGGACCGCCGUCGAGUUCGAAUACCGCGACGGCGCGGGAAUCGACGGUGGUCGAUUCGUGCGACGUGUCGGUGGCGACGGCGACAGUGGCCUCCAAGACCUCGGCGGAGCGCGGGGAGACCUGCAGCGAGAUCAUGAUCGCCGCCGUCAAAGCGGCUCCGGCAGGCGGAAGGGAGACAGCGGCGUUCGAGAUGACGGCGACGUCAUCGCCAGGCUGUUCGAGCGAGAGCGCUGAACCGGAUCAGAGGGAACAAGUGGUGGACCGGAAGAGGAAGGGUCGGGAACCGGAGGAAUCGGAGUUUCAGAGCGAGGAUGUCGACUUUGAAUCUCUGGAAGCCAAAAAACAAUACCGUGGUUCUACAUCUAGAAAGAGAUCUCGUGCUGCAGAGGUCCAUAAUCUCUCAGAGAGGAAGCGUCGUGAUAGAAUUAAUGAAAAGAUGAAAGCUUUGCAAGAACUUAUACCUCGGUGCAACAAGUCUGACAAAGCCUCAAUGCUGGAUGAAGCAAUUGAAUACUUGAAGUCACUGCAGUUACAAGUGCAGAUGAUGUCCAUGGGAUACGGCAUGGUACCUAUGAUGUUUCCAGGAAUUCAGCAGUAUAUGCCGCCAAUGGGAAUGGGGAUUGGAAUGGGUAUGGGCAUGGAAAUGGGAAUGAACAGACCAGUAAUUCCAUUUCCCAAUAUGUUAGUUAGUUCAGCUUUGCCAGCAGCAACUGCAGCUGCUCAUUUGGGACCAAGGUUCCCUAUACCUCCUUUCCAUAUGCCCCAUGUUCCUGCACCUGAUUCAUCCAGAAUGCAAGCAGCAAACCAGUCAGAUAAUGUGCUUAACUCACUUGGUACCACUGAUCCUGAUCAAUCACGUAUCCCAAAUUUCACUGAUCCUUAUCAGCAAUACCUCGGUCCCCACCAUGUGCAGUUACAAUUAAUGCAGGCAAUGAACCAACCAAAUGUCAGCAAGCCAAGUACCAGUAGGGGCAAAGAGAAUCCAGAAAAGCAGCAAUCAGAAGAAACAUGAUUCGUUGAUAUUUACAAUCAAGCGCUUAACAAUUCAAAGGGUGAUGCUCACGAGCUAUUGUAUCGCUGGUACCGGUUAGAUUUUCGGGCAUCUAUGCUACUGCUGCCAAGUGGUGUUAUAUGCAAGAACAAACUUUUUAGCAGUUCUCAGCAUCAAGCUAAUCUAAACACGGCUAACAUGUAAAUUAUUUCCCACCCUCGGAAUUAUUUUUGUCCUUUUCCUUUUUUCCCAUCACUUUUUUCCCGUCCUAAAAUUUCAUUAUAUUUUAGAGAUUAUUUGUUAUAAGAAGUAUAGUUCUUUAUACAGUCUACAUCAAACGUGGA